AGGACCUGCGCAGCCCAGGAGCCCGCCUGUUCUCUCGGGAACCCCGGCGGGAGCCUGGAGCGAGGAGCAGGAGAGAGAAGCUGGGCCGGUUGCGGUGGCUGCACCUGGCGGCGGCCGGAUAGACGCGAACCGGGACUCCGGGAGGAGAAGAAGAACGAGGACGAGGAGGCAGCGGCAGCGGCGGCGGCGGCGGCGGCGGCGGCCAGGAGGCAGAGGAUGUCGCAGCCGCCGCUGCUCCCCGCCUCGGCGGAGACUCGGAAGUUCACCCGGGCGCUGAGCAAGCCCGGCACGGCGGCCGAGCUGCGGCAGAGUGUGUCGGAGGUGGUGCGGGGCUCAGUGCUCCUGGCAAAACCAAAGCUAAUUGAGCCACUUGACUAUGAAAAUGUUAUUGUCCAGAAGAAGACACAAAUCUUGAAUGAUGGUUUACGUGAGAUGCUGCUUUUUCCUUAUGAUGACUUCCAGACAGCAAUAUUGAGGCGACAGGGUCGAUACGUGUGUUCAACAGUCCCUCCAAAUGCAGAGAAGGAGGCUCAGAGCUUAUUUGUUACAGAGUGUAUCAAAACCUACAACUCUGACUGGCACGUUGUGAACUACAAAUAUGAAGACUACUCUGGAGAGUUCCGGCAGCUUCCAAACAAAGUGGCAAAAUUGGAUAAGCUUCCUGUCCACGUUUAUGAAGUGGAUGAAGAGGCUGACAAAGAUGAGGAUGCUGCAUCUCUAGGAUCUCAGAAAGGUGGCAUAACCAGGCAUGGAUGGCUAUACAAAGGCAAUAUGAACAGUGCCAUAAGUGUGACCAUGAGGUCAUUUAAAAGACGAUUUUUCCAUUUAAUUCAACUUGGUGAUGGAUCGUAUAAUUUGAAUUUCUACAAAGAUGAAAAAAUCUCCAAAGAGCCAAAAGGAUCAAUAUUUCUGGAUUCUUGUAUGGGUGUAGUUCAGAACAACAAAGUCCGGCGCUUUGCGUUUGAGCUCAAGAUGCAGGAUAAGAGUAGUUAUCUGUUAGCAGCAGAUAGCGAGUUGGAAAUGGAAGAGUGGAUUACGACGCUCAACAAAAUCCUGCAGCUCAAUUUUGAAGCAGCAAUGCAGGAGAAACGUAAUGGAGAAGCACAUGAAGAUGACGAACAAAGCAAAUUGGAGAGCUCUUCCUCUGGUUUAGAGAGUUAUCUGCCUGAACUCGCCAAGUUGUUGAGAAACCAGAGAUUUCCUGCUUCUUAUCAUCAUGCUGUUGAAACAGUUGUUAAUAUGCUGAUGCCGCACAUCACUCAAAAAUUCAGAGAUAAUCCAGAGGCUUCAAAAAAUGCCAAUCAUAGCCUUGCAGUUUUUAUAAAGAGAUGUUUCACGUUUAUGGACAGAGGCUUUGUUUUCAAACAGAUCAACAAUUAUAUCAGCUGUUUUGCCCCUGGAGAUCCAAAGACGCUUUUUGAAUUCAAGUUUGAAUUUCUCCGUGUAGUGUGCAAUCAUGAACACUAUAUCCCUUUGAAUUUGCCAAUGCCAUUUGGAAAAGGCAGGAUUCAGAGAUAUCAAGAUCUUCAGCUUGACUACUCAUUAACAGAUGAGUUCUGCAAGUACCACUUCCUAGUGGGCUUACUGCUAAGGGAGGUGGGAAAUGCCCUGCAAGAAUUCAGGGAUGUCCGGCAGAUUGCAAUUAGUGUGCUGAAGAAUCUGUUGAUAAAGCAUUCUUUUGAUGACAGAUAUGCUUCACGGAGUCAUCAAGCCAGGAUUGCUACUUUAUAUCUACCUCUGUUCGGCCUCCUCAUAGAAAAUGUUCAGCGGAUCAAUGUGAAAGAUGUGUCGCCAUUCCCAGUUAAUCCUAGCGCCAAUGCGAAGGAUGAAUCACUAAAUAUGCCAACUACGAACCCAUUGGUAACCCCUCAGAAAUCAGCAAACACACUGGAUAACAACCUUCAUAAAGACCUCUUUGGUGUUAUCUCCGGCAUUGCAUCACCUUACACAACCUCAACACCAAAUAUUAAUAGCGUGAGAAAUGCUGAUUCAAGAGGCUCUCUCGUCAGCACUGAUUCAAUGAACAGUCUUCCAGAAAGGAAUAUUGAGAAGACCAAUUCCCUUGACAAGCACCAACAGAGUGGUACCUUAGGGAGCUCAGUAGUCCGCUGUGACAAACUUGACCAGUCAGAGAUUAAAAGUCUACUGAUGUGUUUCCUUUACAUCUUAAAGAGCAUGUCUGAUGAUGCUUUAUUUACAUAUUGGAACAAGGCUUCAACAUCAGAAUUGAUGGAUUUUUUCACAAUAUCAGAAGUGUGCCUGCAUCAGUUCCAGUACAUGGGAAAACGAUAUAUAGCAAGAACAGGAAUGAUGCAUGCCAGAUUGCAGCAGCUGAGCAGCCUGGAUAACUCUCUCACAUUUAACCACAGCUACGGCCACUCUGACGCCGACGUUCUCCACCAGUCAUUACUAGAAGCAAACAUCGCCACCGAAGUUUGCCUCACAGCUCUGGAUACCUUGUCGUUAUUCACGUUGGCGUUUAAGAACCAACUUCUGGCUGAUCAUGGACAUAAUCCAUUGAUGAAAAAGGUUUUUGAUGUUUACUUAUGUUUUCUUCAAAAACACCAAUCUGAGACAGCUUUGAAAAAUGUCUUCACUGCCUUAAGAUCAUUAAUUUACAAGUUUCCCUCUACAUUUUAUGAAGGGAGAGCCGAUAUGUGUUCUGCCUUAUGUUAUGAGAUCCUGAAGUACUGUAAUUCCAAGCUGAGUUCUAUUCGUACUGAUGCCUCCCAGCUGCUGUAUUUCUUAAUGAGGAAUAAUUUUGACUACACAGGAAAAAAAUCCUUUGUAAGGACACAUCUGCAAGUUAUCAUUUCUGUAAGCCAACUGAUAGCAGAUGUUGUCGGAAUUGGAGGAACCAGGUUCCAGCAGUCCCUUUCCAUCAUCAAUAACUGUGCCAACAGUGACAGGCUUAUUAAGCACACCAGCUUCUCAUCUGACGUCAAGGAUUUGACCAAAAGGAUUCGCACAGUCUUAAUGGCCACAGCUCAAAUGAAGGAGCAUGAAAAUGACCCAGAAAUGCUAGUGGACCUCCAGUACAGUUUGGCCAAGUCCUAUGCAAGCACUCCUGAACUCAGAAAGACAUGGCUGGACAGCAUGGCAAGAAUUCAUGUCAAAAAUGGGGAUCUCUCUGAGGCAGCUAUGUGCUAUGUUCAUGUAACAGCCUUGGUGGCUGAAUAUCUUACAAGGAAAGGUAAGAAAAAGUGGGAGCUCUCCUACCCCCCCUACAGCCACAGCACCUUCCAGAGGAGCAGUCGGGGAGGCAUGUUUAGGCAAGGAUGCACAGCCUUCAGGGUAAUUACCCCCAAUAUAGAUGAAGAGGCCUCAAUGAUGGAAGACGUUGGGAUGCAAGAUGUCCAUUUUAAUGAGGAUGUAUUGAUGGAAUUGCUGGAACAGUGUGCCGAUGGGCUCUGGAAGGCCGAACGCUAUGAGCUGAUUGCUGACAUCUAUAAACUCAUAAUUCCCAUUUAUGAGAAACGAAGGGAUUUUGAGAGACUAGCUCAUCUAUAUGACACUCUCCAUCGAGCAUAUAGCAAAGUCACAGAAGUUAUGCAUUCGGGCAGGAGACUUCUAGGGACUUAUUUCAGAGUUGCAUUCUUUGGACAGGCAGCGCAAUACCAGUUUACAGACACUGAGACAGAUGUGGAGGGAUUCUUUGAAGAUGAAGAUGGAAAGGAGUACAUUUACAAAGAACCUAAACUAACACCUUUGUCAGAAAUCUCUCAGAGACUGCUAAAACUUUACUCAGAUAAAUUUGGUUCCGAAAAUGUCAAAAUGAUCCAAGAUUCUGGCAAGGUCAACCCUAAAGAUUUGGAUUCAAAGUAUGCCUAUAUCCAAGUGACACAUGUGACUCCAUUUUUUGAUGAAAAGGAAUUGCAAGAAAGGAAGACUGACUUUGAAAGAACUCAUAAUAUCCGCCGAUUUAUGUUUGAAAUGCCCUUCACUCAGAGUGGUAAGCGCCAGGGUGGUGUUGAAGAACAAUGCAAACGACGUACAAUAUUAACAGCAAUCCACUGUUUCCCUUACGUGAAGAAGCGCAUCCCUGUGAUGUACCAGCACCACACGGACCUGAAUCCCAUUGAGGUGGCCAUUGAUGAAAUGAGUAAGAAGGUGGCCGAGCUCAGACAGCUGUGUGCCUCGGCUGAAGUGGAUAUGAUCAAGCUUCAGUUAAAGCUCCAGGGCAGUGUCAGCGUUCAGGUUAAUGCUGGUCCCCUCGCAUACGCCCGAGCUUUCUUAGAUGACUCAAAUACCAAAAGAUAUGCUGAUAAUAAAAUAAAGCUUUUGAAGGAAGUUUUCAGGCAAUUUGUUGAAGCGUGUGGCCAAGCUCUGGCAGUAAAUGAACGUCUUAUUAAAGAAGAUCAGGUGGAAUAUCAGGAAGAAAUGAAGGCUAACUAUAGGGAAAUGGCAAAAGAGCUUUCAGAAAUCAUGCACGAACAGAUUUGUCCCAUGGAGGAGAAGUCAAACGUCUUACCUAAUUCCCUUCAUAUUUUCAAUGCCAUCAGCGGGACGCCAACAAGCACAACCGUUCACGGGAUGCCCAGUUCUUCUUCGCUAGCAUGAUUGCUCCUCGUCAGACUUUUGGAGGAUGUGUGGUUUUGUUUUGUCAUUCGCAGACUCGGGAAGACUUUGGAUCGAGAAUGCACAUGAGUCCUUGGGCAUGAGAAAAGUUGAAUAUAAACUAUUGUUUCAUAGUAGACUUUGUGUAGAAGUAAUAGAAGGAUGCACUUUUAAAAAAAAAUUUUUUCCACCGGCACUACAUAGAGCCGCCAUUAUGUCAUUCUGUCUCAGCAGAGGCGUGUGGUGGAAACUCUGCAGCUAGAGCUAAUUUUCCUUCUUCCUUACGCAGUAGUAUUAAAAUAAAUGGCACAUUUAAGGCAAGAGUUGGUGAAUGUAUAUAACAGUGAGAAUAACACUGUUUUUAGGGUUGGGUUAGCCUUGGGCUAAAUUUGCGAAUGUUGAAAAUAUUUAGGUAUUCUCUAUUUUUCUUCCAUGGCACAUUCAGGUGGAGUACAAGGACAAGAACUAUUUUUGUGCCUAGAUAGACACUAGUUUUUGAUGAUCUAAGGGAACUGACAAUUAUAGUUUUUUGUACCAGUGAACAAGAAAGAAAAAGUCCUAUUUUCUACUUAACUGGGAUUUACAAAGUAUGUGAGCUUCAAACUGGUCCUGCCAUUUAGAACCAAAUGUCUGUAUUAAUAAACACAGUUAAUGCUACAAUUUAAAAAGCAGUACAAAAAUCGUCAUGUACAUAGUUUGUUAAUACAGUCUUGACAUUCUGUACAUACGUGUAUGACAUUUCUAUACUUUUUUUAAUACUCAUACCAGCUUCCGCAUUAAGUUUGAUUGUGACUGAUUUGUGCUAUUCUUCGUAUAGGCUCUAUAUUUGACUUGACAGUUUUAUUCUUGUACAUAAGUGAGUGCAAUAUGAAGAUGUACACAGUCUUUGCUAUGUUAGGUUUAUACACUGUUGAAAAAGAAAUUCAUCUUCUUGCCAAAAUGAUGGUGUAGGAAUUGGUAAUCAUAAAUCCUGUGGUAAAUAGUAGCAUAAUUUAAAGCUUUUACCAUGUUGUUGUUCUUUUAAGACAUUAAUUUAGUAAUUUUAUAUUUGGGAGAAUAAAGGUUUUUAAUUUUAUUUAACUGGAAUCACUGCCCUGCUGUAAUUAAACAUUCUGUACCACAUCUGUAUUAAAAACAACCCCCCCACACCCAAA